UCUGGAGUCUCUUCUUCCUGCAUCCAGGUCCUGAUAGUGACUUCAUUUUUCCAGCCUGACACUUGGCCUGCUUCGUGCAGAAGAAGAAAGCAAAUUACAGGUUGGGAAUCAGAAUAUUUCAAAGAGGGGUGAAAAGGUUGGAGCAGAGUGACCGCCACAUAAUGAAGUGUCCGGUGAUGAUGUCCAGGCUGGGCCAAGAGACCAUCUACUGCCGGCCCGCGUUCAUUCAGACCCCAUGGCUGCUGUCCCUUCAAGGGGAGUUGGUGGCUUCUCUGGAAGAUGUCAGCCAGGUGGGAUUGCACGUGGACAUCAACAAGAAGCAAGACCUUCUUCAGAGGCAUGAGGUGCUGAACACCUCCCAGCAGCUCCUGACACUCUGGCUGGGGAGCAGUGACUAUGCCGACUCUUUAGAAGCCGCUUGCCCGUUGGUGUCAUCCCAGCCAGAGUCAGAGGCCUUAGUUCAUAUUCCCAAGCAGAAGCAAAAGAAGUUUGUGGUCAAAAAGGAAAGAGGUUUCCGUAUCAAGGAAAGUGUGAGCCUGAAAUUUCUCUGAGUCCAUACAGUGACAAAAAACGGGGACUUCGUGAUGGUCAGCAUCCUGGGGUGCUCGGGGUCCAUGUCAGUACAGCAAUGCCAGGUGGCUCAAGGAACCCCGGGAAUGAAAGCUCUCUGUAGGGGAGCCCUGAGCCUGGAGUUUGCUGAGUUGGCUGCUCCCCUCCUCUGGACCGUGGGGGUGCUUCUUCUAGUGUGUGGGUGAAUGAGUCACUGCGAGGGUGUGCUUGCUGGUGACAGGCACAUGCCACACGGGCCCUCUUUCCCUAGCCUUGUGGUUCUUUCUCCUGUGACAGGGCUUUCUCUUUCUGGGCCUGACAGGUCCCACACCCAACCAGGUAAGUGAUGGUGUCAGGCACGCUGGCAGGAACCAGCAUCGGCUCUAAGUGGUGUUAACUUCAAAAUAAAAAGCCGAAGUGGCAGCAACAAUCAUUUGAGAUAAAAGAAAGGGGUGGGGGACAGAGAAAGAGAGAGAGAGAGAGAGAGAGAGAGAGAGAGAGAGAGAGAGA